AUGUCAAGACAACAUACUUCUGACAACGACACACCGCCAUUCAGCAGCAAGUUCACUGAAGGCGAACGUCCUGCAAGCGCUCAUGUAUCGGCCCACCAUGAGUCUCCAAGCUCAACACACGGGCCACUGACGGAGCUCGCGUUGGCCAGGUCGUUGGCGAAUGUCGACGUUCGCCCCGACUUCGAGCACGAGCCAAAGGACUUCCAACCUUUUGACGAAGAUGCGGAUAGUUCUUCCGCUGACAACAGAGACCUCGAAAAGGACCAUUCUUACCGUGAUUCGGCGGGCUCCUCUUCGCUGGCCCCUACAGCAAAAGCAUAUGACCCCACUCAGUUGCUCGAGCUUCCCCCGCAGCGCGGACCGCGUCUAUAUCGCGACUUCAGGUGGCGAUUCUUCACUGUCUACCGUAAGAUAUACACCGUUGUUUUUUUGCUCAACCUACUCUGGGGUGUCGUCGGUUUCUAUUUUGCCGGUUUUGGCGACAGCGUUUACGACUCCGGCAAACUUGCUUCCGACUCAGUUGCAAGCGCCGUUGCUGUCAAUGUCAUGGUUGGCAUUGCCGUUCGCAACGAACACGUCAUAAACAUACUCUUCUCGACGUUUAUCGCAACACCUCAUUGGACGCCGCUCUGGUUACGCCGUUCCUGUGCCAUGAUUUACAGUUACGGUGGCUUCCACAGCGGCUGUACUACCGCCUCGGCGGCGUGGUACGCCAUCUACACGGGUGUCGCCAUUCGAGAGUACACCAGCGGACGGCAGCCUUCCCCGGUAUUCGUGAUCCUGUCCUCCAUUCUGCUCUCGCUCUUCGUGGGAAUCAUCAUCCUGGCCCUGCCAAAUUUGCGCCAAAAGUACCACAAUCACUUCGAAGGCAUGCACCGCUUCGCCGGCUGGACCGUCCUAGGCAUCUUCUGGGCGCAGCUCAUCUCCUCGGCCAUCCUCGGAGGCCGAAUGAUGAACAAGGCCCCCGGAAUCGUGCUCAUCACCUCGUCCGCGUUUUGGUUCCUCACCACGGCCACCCUAUUCGUCAUCUACCCCUGGGCACGUCUCCGCAAGUAUCCCAUCGAGGUCGACAGCUUGUCCAACCACGCGAUCCGCAUCCACUUCGCCUUCGGCCGACCCGCGCUCUGCUCGGCGAUCCGCAUCGCGGACCGGCCGCUGGUGGAGAACCACUCCUUCGCGACGAUCCCACGACAGGACGGCAAGCCUGGCUUCUCGGUCGUCAUCUCGUCCGCGGGCGACUGGACGCGGCGCGUGAUCUCGACGCCGCCGAGGUCUCUGUACGUCCGCUCCGGGCCCAACCAGGGCAUGGCGGCCGUCACGCGGCUCUUCAGCCCGGUCGUGCUCAUCGCCACGGGCAGCGGCAUCGGACCCUGCCUCGGCUUCUUCGUCGGGCGCCCCGGCCACGACGUGCGCGUCAUCUGGAGCACCAAGAACCCCCUCAGCACGUACGGCCCCGCCGUGCUGGACAUGGUCACCGCGGCCGAUCCCCACGCCCGCAUCAUCGACACGGACAAGACGGGCAGACCCGACAUCGUGAAGCUCGCGUACACGGCGUAUCGCGAGGCUGGCGCGGAGGCGGUGUGCAUCGUUUCCAACAAGAAGGUCGUGGACAUGGUGGUGUUUGAGAUGGAGAGCAGGGGAGUGCCGGCUUAUGGUCCUAUUUGGGAUUCGUGA